AUGGAGUCUACAAAGUUACUUAAGAAUGACGCUCCAGAAGUUUUGGUUUUACCGCCUAACAUUUUAGAAAAAUUGGGCAUUGAUUUAGGAAAUAUUCAGCCCUGUAGUAAUGGAACAAAUUCAAACUCAGGUAUCAGUGGACAAUCUGAAGACAUAUGUGUAACAGAUAUCAAUAGACCUGAUGAUGUGCCUGGUAAAAAUAAUGAUGGACAAUGUGAUGGAUCUUCGAUUUUAGAAACAGCAAAUUUGAUGAAGGCCUCAGUUUUCUUAAGUCCCACAUUUACAAAUUUGAAGGCUACAAAUGGUUUAAAUGAUCUUGAGUUUAAUAAUUUUGAUAAUGCUAUAGCCACUAUAGAGUGCAAUGUUUCCAAACCUUUAAAAAGUAAUAGCCCAAAAAGGAAUGGAGUAAUUAAUGUAUCUGUAGAUAAUAAAUUAAACAACUCUGAGCCUGUGCAGAAUAAUAAUGUGAAAGGAAAACAACAAAACUCAAAAAAUAAAAUAAAAAUAAUAUCUGAAGAAGUUAUUCCCUCGGAGAAAAUUAAAGAUUUAAUAACAUCUGAGAUACCGAUUAGCAAAAAUCUUGUUUCUGUGCCAAUUAACACAAAAAUAACAAAAAAAGUUACUAAUAUUAAAAAUGGUCCAGCUUCAGUACUAUUAUCAAAGGAGAAAAAUAAUAAUGAUUUUAAGGAUAAUAAUGAUAAACCAUUCAAUGAUUGUAAAGUAAAAGAAAAUAAAGUUCCCAACAUAAAUAAUGGAAUUCAAGGUAAAUCAGACAAAUCAAUUAAGUUCCAAAUAGAUAAUGAUGGGUUAAAAUUAUCAAAAGAAAUAAGUUUGGGAAGUAAUACGAAUAAAGAUAUCAUUACAAACAAUAAUUAUGAAGAAAAGUUUUCUGAUGAAAACCAAGAUCUUGUGAAAAAUUGUGAGAAAGAUUUAAAGAUCUCAUUUGAGCAGCAAGAUGAACAUGUUACUUCUAGUUCAGAAGAAAUUGUAACUGUAAUUCAUGUUAUAAAUGAAGAUGUUGAUGAAGCCGAUGCAAAUUUUGGUUAUUUUUUCUACUAUGACAAAGAUGAUGAUUAUCAACAUAUACAUUAUUGGGAACAAAAAGGUGCUGAAUGUUCUCUAGAUACAUUACUUAGUAUUUAUGAAGAACGCAAAGUAUAUGAUGUAAAUAUAAAGGAACCUGAUUAUAAUAUAAUAGAAACGGUCAAAGAAAAUGAUAAGGAACAAAACAGUACAGAUGUUUGCAAUAUAUGUUGGAAGAGUGUAAAUAGUGAUAUCGAAAAUGAAGAAUUAGUCGAAAUUAAUAAAAAAGCUGAAAUCCAUCAAAUAUCUCAGUCAAUUGAAUCACAGACUAAAAAUACUGAUGAAGGUAAAAAAAACAAACUGUUACAUUCUCAAGAUGUUAACAGAGACUUGGAAGAUGUUUCUUCAAGGUGCAGUAAAAGCAAUAGUUCAGUAACGACGCAAAACAAAAAUAGAAAACGCACGAUUGAUGAUAUCGAAGACGGGUCUAUGAAUGAAUUGAAAUCUACAAACAAAUUUCGUAGAAGAAGUAACAGAAAUUCCGUACGUAAUAAUGUUACCAGUGAAGAAAAUAUAGCUGAUGAGCCAAAACUUGUAAAAACUACAGAAAAUGUGUCUUCCGAAAAAACAUAUAAAAAUAUUUUAAGGGAAACUAAGUUCGUAUAUGGUUCAAAGAAGCGUUCGGUUGUAAAUGAAAUAAAGACUUUUAGUGAUGUUAAGACAAAUAAUAGUGAAUUAAAUAGUACCAUUGAUUGUGAUAAUAAAAGCACGAGUGAACAAAACAUUGAUACCAAAUUAAAUGAAGUGACUAAUGAAAAUCAUCACAAAACUGCUAAGAAAAGAAACAAUUCUAUGUCAAUAAACGAUGUUAAUCCAGAAGAAGCUAAGAAGAAAAAGAUAGAUGAUGUUAUAGAAAAUAGAAAUAUUUUAUGUGGUUUAUGUAAAGCUACGGUGGGAACUAGUGAAUGGGAUAGUCAUGUUAGGGAUCAUUGUUAUAUAGCCUGGGAAGAGGGUCAGAAAUUUGAUUUCAACAAUGAACUUCUAUGUGAUCGACUCAAGCAAUAUUUGAAUGAUAACGGAAAAUUAGUGUGCGUGAUAUGUGAUAAAGUUAUUAAACGGGUGAAGAAAUUUUUAAGUCAUGUGGAAGGAUGUAUUUUAUAUGGUCAGCUUGAAAAAUCGGAUGAUUUAAAAAGAGAUUUGUCGCGGUCCUCGAAACACAUAGUAUGUGGAGUUUGCAAGACACAAGUCUCUAAAAGCUUAUGGAUAGAACACAUAGCCAAAGAACACAAUUAUAUGGCUUGGAGAGACGGAGAUAAAGUAUUGGAUAUUCGAGAUGAAGAAGCAGUUAAUAAGCAUUUGAAUAUUUUGGCUUGUGAUGUUAAGAAAUUCGAGUGCAAAUCCUGUGGCACUAAACGUAAAGCGGACUCUUUCUUGAAACACAUACAAAAAUGUGAAAAAUUAGAUGAAGAAAUGGAUACAACAGAUUAUUCGUCGGGGACUAAAGAUGAAACCUCAGUAACAUGCGGAGUUUGUCAGAACGUGAUGUUAGCUAACGAAUGGCAGAAUCACCAAUUCACUGAACAUAAAUAUUUAGCUUGGAAGGCUGGGGAACAAGAGUUGGAUCUCAAUGACACUGAGGAUGUGUAUACACAUUUAUAUAAUCUGUCCAAAGAUCUAGGUGGACUUCUGUGUAGUAAGUGCGGGUGUCGACGCAAGUAUGUCAAUUCAUAUUUAAAGCAUAUAGAAAAAUGUGAUGGGGAAGAGAAUCCAAAUUGCACAUUAGAUUCCACUAUGAACGAAAGUAAUAUGUCAGUGAACAAAACUUUGGAAGACGAUGUUAUUGGAGAUUUAGAGGGAAUUGUUAGAUGUGGAGUGUGUUCAAAGGAAAUUGAAAGGAAACAAUGGGAGAAUCAUAUAAAAAAAGAACACUCUUAUAAGGCUUGGCAGGAUGGACAGACGCCAGUGAAUUUAAAUGAUGAAGAGGAUGUAUAUAACCAUCUGUAUGCAAUGAGUAAGAAAUAUAACGGUCUGGUUUGCAACAACUGUGGCACCAACAGGAAAUAUGUCAAGUCGUUCCUUCAACAUAUUGAGUCUUGUACCUCCCAGGACUCGAUUAUCACAGAGGAAGUCCUUAAAAAUGAAACCUGUAAAUGCGGUGUUUGUGGUGAAGAAAUUCAAAGUAAAAUGUGGAAGACGCAUGCUAUGAAGACACAUUACAACGUGGCGUGGCUGGAACAACAGACACCUAUUGAUAGCAACAAUGUAACAGUUGUUGAAAAAUGUUUGAGGGAAUACAAGCAAGUUUAUAAUAAAUUCGUUUGCAAUGUGUGCGGUAUAAAUCGCGCUUCAGCUGUUGGGUUCUUCGCCCACGUGUUGCAGUGCGGGAAAACUGAAGAGGAAAUCGAUAAACAUAGGGGCGUCUGUGAUGUAUGCAAUAAUAAAUAUUUACUGAUAUAUAAGAAUCAACAUAUGUCGAUGCACAGAGAUCAGGAGUACGCGAAACAGAAGAAGCUAGAGUUACAAGUUGAGAAGGAAGAGAAACAAAACCAACAGAAACACUCUGGCACGUUACCAGAGAAGAGACAAGCUGCUGAGAGAGCGCGUCAUGUUAUUGAAAAGUAUAAAAAGCAAUAUAAGUAUAACUGUCCUACCUGCGACUUCGGUGGUGACUCCGAAGAAGAUCUCAAGAACCACACAUGUUCUAAGACAAAGUAUAAUUUUAGCGAGUCAGAAGAUUCUUUGCAAUUAAGUUCUGAACAAGAAUCUGAGGACAGCGACGCUAACAGUGAACUAUUAGACGAAGAACUAGAAAAACCUCAGAAGAAUAAUUCUAAAAAGAAAAAACCAACUGACCCAAAUCCAGCUACAUCGUUGUUACCUUUUCCCGUCAAAAACACGCAGGCGUAUUUAGCUGAAAGUGCAGAGGACUUUCGUGAGAAGUUCUUAACGAGCGACGUACUGUACCCGCAGUGGAGGACGUGCGAGUACGAGGUCGUGUCCGACGAACUGUUGACUAAUUACUUACCGACUUUGGAGGAAUCGUGCAACAUACAGAUACAGAAUGACGAAUGGAUAAUAUUGAAGAAAUUUGAGUCUAUUAAUGAUCACAAAUGGGUGAGCGCAUCCUUCACGGGUGGUUGUAUCCAGUGCGUGUCGUGGUGUCCGCCGCACGUGUCGGACGCGGAGGACGCGCUGGGUCACGUGCUGAGCGCGGCCGUGCACGCGUCCCCGGAUCCGCCCCGCCUCGCCUCACACACCUGCUACACGCACCACGCCAUGCUACAGCUAUGGGACUACGGGGAUAUGCGCACGAAACCAAAUUUUGCUCUGGGCAUAGCUCUUGAUUUUGGGACAAUUGGGGCGAAAGACUGGUGUCCAUCAGGCACGCGUGACAUGUUGAAUGAAGAGUCGACAACCUUUAAAAGGCUUGGUCUUUUAUCUAUAGCAUGCUCAAACGGUUCAGCGUACAUAUUAUCAGUACCCUAUCCUUCAAGCAUAACUGCCGGCGAGAAAAAGAUUUUCAAGCUAAAGCCAGUCGCCGAGCUUAGAUUGACUCGUGGCGAUCGGCGGAAGUAUCAAGCUACAGCUAUCAAUUGGCCAGCGCAAAAAGGGCAUUCCACUAUAGUAGUCGGAUAUUCAGACGGAACAACCGCCUCGUAUAAUCUGUCGUGUGAUUCUCCUCUUUUAACCGAAACAGAGGACGGCGUUAAGAUAUUCUAUCCUUAUCAGGACGAACGAACACACAACUCAUGUGUCACUGCGGUGACGUCAUUUCCCAGUAGCGGCGUUUCUUUCCCGGCGGGGUCGUCGUCUGCCACGGGCGGGUCGCGGUCCGUGUGUCGUGACGCUGGUCGCGGAUGUCGCUCCGCGGUCACCGCUACCUCCACCUGCUUCAUGCCGCACUGGCCCGACCUUCUGCUGGCUGGCAAUGACGCUAUCGUAUAUCAAGCUCCGAACGUGUUGUCGUGGGUGGGGAGCGGUCGUCGGCUGGGCUCGCAGCAGGCGUGUGCUGGAUGCAACACGUGCGGACGAGUGGCGCUGGUGGCGCCGCCCGCGGUCAGACUCGUCACUACACACCCCGUGCAUCACGACCUUAAUAAGAUUACUGUGGCAGUGUUACAAAUGAAACCGCUAGUGGAUAAGAAAUCCAAGCAGAAGAAUGACGAACUCGCCACGAGACUUGAGCCGGUGACUUAUGAAGACGCCGUCAAGAAAUAUGGAGUAGAGUUGAAAUUAGCUGACAGAAGUGACAAGAGCUACCUCCAACAGUCAAAUAAGCCGAGAGAUCACUACCCGGAGAGAUUCCCGCUCACAGAUGUACCAGCUAUGGCCUUCAACCUCUCUCCGAAGCAACACAAGAAACUGGCGAUUGCUAUACAUUCUGUUCCGACGUGCGAUCUUUGUCGGUUUGCUUCUUCCACCGAAGAACAGGAGUCUACAGCCACAGAAUCAGAAUAUUCUGAAGAAGAAAAGGAAUAUGAAUUAGAAGAUCUACAGAUUCUUAAAACAAUAGGUACCGGAACUUUUGGUCGCGUGUGCCUAUGUCGUGAUAAAGCGGCCGACGAGUACUUAGCUAUGAAGAUUCUGUCAAUGGCCGACGUUAUUCGUCUGAAGCAAGUCGAUCAUGUUAUGAACGAAAAGAGCAUCUUAGCGGAAAUAAAUCAUCCCUUCAUUGUCAAUUUACGGUGGUGGACCCAUGAUGACUCUUGCAUUUACAUGCUCUUUGACUAUGUAUGUGGUGGAGAAUUGUUUUCUUAUUUAAGAAAUGCAGGCCGCUUUAGUAAUAGUAUUGGUAAUUUCUAUGCUGCAGAAAUAGUAUCAGCAUUAGAAUAUCUCCAUGCAAGAAAUAUAGUGUACCGGGAUUUAAAGCCUGAGAAUCUAUUACUAGCAAAGGAUGGCCACUUGAAGAUAACAGACUUCGGGUUUGCAAAGAAACUGACAGAUAGAACGUGGACUCUAUGCGGUACACCAGAGUAUCUUGCACCGGAGAUCAUACAGAGCAAAGGACAUAACAAAGCAGUGGAUUGGUGGGCAUUAGGAGUCCUCAUUUAUGAGAUGUUAGUGGGCUACCCUCCUUUUUACGACGACAAUCCGUUUGGGAUAUAUGAGAAAAUUCUGAAUGGCAGAGUGGAUUGGCCUAGACAUUUAGACCAGGUCGCCAAGGAUAUUAUUAAAAAACUGCUGAUCCAGGAUAGGACGAAGAGGCUCGGAAAUAUGAAGUGUGGAUCGGAGGACGUAAAACGCCAUCGGUGGUUCAAACAUAUCGACUGGGCUGACGUUUUUAUGAAGAAAUUGCAGCCACCAAUCGUACCUUCUGUCUCAUAUGAAGGAGACACUUCAAACUUCGACGAGUAUCCAGAGACUGACUGGAAAGCCGUUCGUUCCCUCGAUCCUGAAGAACUCAAGCUGUUCGCCAAUUUUUGA